GUCCAGCGGGCAACGGGGAUCGCCAACAACAGGAACGUCCUGGCCACGGCGAGGGACCCCAAGGGCAUCCAGCUUGGUGCUUCCCAGCACGUGCGAGGACAGAUCAACUUCCUGACCGAGGAGACAGGGUUCUACCAGCUGUGCCUGGACAACCAGCAAAACCACUUUGGCUUCAUGCAGGUUUAUCUCAACUUUGGUGUCUACUAUGAAGGCUUCAACAUGGAACAGAAGCAGCCAGAAGAGAGUAAAGAGCUGAACAGCACCUUGGAGGCCAUCGAGGUCAGCAUCCGCAAGCUGCAGAUCCACAUCUUCCACAUGUGGCGGUUCUACAACUUCGCCCGGAUGCGGAAAGGGGCCGACUCCUUCCUGCUGGAAUCCAACUACAACUACGUCAACUGGUGGUCGAUGGCCCAGAGCUGCGUCAUCGUCCUCUCGGGGGUCCUGCAGCUCUACUUCCUGAAGCGCCUGUUCAGCGUGCAGCCCCCCGGCAGGCAGCGGUGCUAG